UCUCCUCUCUACCCAGGUGUGGAUGUAGGUCCCCGGUGGGAGGACCUGUACCAGACAUGUCAUCCCCACGCUGAUGACCAAACUUUCUCCGGCCGGAUUCUAAUCGGACUUUGGGAAAUUUUAAAGAUAAGUUUGUAUUUUGCCUAGUUUGAUAGAUGUGAGAUGUUCUUCUUUCCCUCCGCCCAGGUGUGGAUGUAGGUAGCAGGUGGGAGGACCUGUACCAGACCUGUCGUCCUCAUGCUGAUGACCACAUCCUGGUGUUUAACGACCUGCAUGUUCUCAUGUCGUGUCUCGGAGCAAAGCAGGACCAGGCAGCCAAGAAACUUGUCAACAGUCUUAAGGACUUCAUCAGUGAACACGAAGGUACACAGUCCACCAUUGCUAAGAAGGUUGGUGUGGCGAUGUGUGAGGCGUUUCUUGCCUAUGACGAGGGUGACUUUGCCAGAGCGGUGGACCUCCUGGCCCCGGUGCGAUACCAGGUGGUGACCAUAGGGGGCAGCAAUGCACAGCGUGACGUGUUUAACCUGUUUCUGAUCCACGCUGCCAUCAAGUCAUCUGAGAAACGACAUCACCAGCUGGCCAGAAACCUUCUGCUUGAGAGGAAGGCGUUGAAGGAGACAGCUCCGAUGACAGACAGGCUCAUUGCCAAGGCCAUGGCCAUGCACGGGGACUAGGCUGUAGUUGGAUAGCCUGGUUACCAAACCUAUUAUAGCUCCCGAGUCCUACAUCCUCU